AUGGCAGAUGAGUUUAACACAGGAACAAAUUGGUGGGAUUCAUCGAGGACAGCCGGUUCAUCUUCUUCAUCUUCUGGGUUAGACAAUAGAUUGGGAAGCUUCGGUUGGGCGACUGAAAUGGCUGAUAUCAAAACAGCAGCUGCAGCAAGGUCUUCAAUGGAUUCGGUCUCAUCGGUUUCGGGUAGUUCGGUUGUUUUCCAGGAGAACGAUAAGCUUCAAGCCAUGGAUUGGAACCAAGCUUUGCUCCGUGGGGAGAAGCAUGAGACUAGUUUCAGGUCGAUGCUUCAAGACCAUAACUUGAGUACAUCAAAUGUGAACUAUCAUCAUCCUCAGGAGCAGAAAGAAACAGGAUUUGAUCAAUUAUCUUAUGAGAAUAGUUCGACCAAUUAUCAAUAUGGAAUGAACACUAAUGAUCAAUUCUUCUUGAGAAGUUCACCACCAAAACAACAACAACUACAUCAGCUCCAUGGCCAGUUGCAUUUCUCAAACAAUGCUCCCUUUUGGAACCCAUCUGCAGUUUCCAUGGCCGAUCAUGUUAAGCCUGGGCAUUUCCCCCCAUCAUUGCAACCCCAGUUUCCAACAGGAAAUUUCGAUGAAAAACCAAAGCAGAAUAUAUCCCAAGUUCGAGACUCAAGCACUGUGGUGAAGAAAAGUGGAAACGAACCCACUUCUAAAAGGCCACGAAAUGAAACCCCAUCAACUAUGCCAGCUUUUAAGGUGAGAAAAGAGAAGAUGGGGGACAGAAUCAAUACACUCCAACAAUUGGUUUCACCUUUCGGAAAAACUGAUACAGCCUCAGUGCUCUCAGAAGCCAUUGAAUACAUAAAAUUUCUUCAUGAACAAGUCAGUGUUUUAAUUACCCCAUACAUGAAAAAUAACGAAGCUGCCAUACAACACCAGCAGGUUCCUGAGAAAUCCAAUGACCCUGAAGGUCCAAAGCAAGAUCUCAGAAGACGAGGACUAUGCCUGGUGCCUGUUUCCAGCACGUUUCCAUUGACACACGACUCGCCUGUUGAUUUCUGGACACCGACAUUUGGAGCAACUUUCAGAUAGAAAGUGAAGAGAAAAAGGGUCUGAUAUAUAUAUAUAUAUAUA